CUAUGAUGAUCAAUUGGGAGGCGGUAGACAUUCCUCUGAAUAUGUCAAGGGUGAUGGUAGAGAUGAAUGGGAGAUUAGAUCGUCCAUCGGCUUGGACUCAACGCUUGAUAACGAGGAAGAAGAAGAUGAAUAUGAUAAAGUGGCCGAGGGCAGAGAGAAUGUUAGUGAUCGCUUGUAUAUGAGUGAUGCUACCAAUCAUGGACCAUAUUUGAACUCUCACAAUGUGCUUCCCAGUUCUGUCCACAAUGCCCCUAGGGAUCCUCGCGCCAAUCAAUUUGCUGCAAGACUUGGGCUGAAUGAAGAGAAAGUAGAAGAUCAGAAGUAUUGUUCUAAUCACACUAGUGAUGAUGAAUCUAUUCCAAAAGUUGAGGAGCCACAUAUUAAAGCAUCAGAAGAUGGUUGUAAACUGAAAUCUAUAUUGAAGAGGAAAAAUAAUGCGGCAAGUUCCAAGGCGCAAAAACAUGUGAGGUUUGAUCCAGAUUGCAAAGAUGAUUGUGAAGAAGCUUCAGAAAAACCUCGAGAUUUCAUGACGGGUACUUCCUCCAUGGAGAACAGCAUUUCUCAUCAUAACUCUUUGUUGGCUGGAAAUACACCAGGGUUUCCCAAUUAUGUGUUGAAUCCUUCCAAAUAUACACAUUACAGUUUUGAUUCGUCCAGUGAAAUUGAUGAUGAAUCCAAUAGCCAAGCUUGUGUGGACCUUCUUAAGCUGGUAAAAAUGUCAAAGCCCAAAGAGUCUGGGUCACAGUCAGGGGAGGUAUCAUCUCAUCUUCCCAUAACCUUCAUACCAAGGAAGAAGGCAAGUGGUGCAAGACCAGAAGAUAAUAGCAGUGAGGUGAAGCAAAACCAAGAUGAGGUUUGUACUUUGUAAGCAGUCGUUGAUUCAAACAGAGUUUCCCUUUUGCAUUGCUGCUGUGGAGACCCAGAGAAUUGAAGUUAAUGCCAUGGAAGAUGAGCUGGAAACAACUGCAACAGAUGCGGGUGCUGUUUCUAAGAAACCAUGUCGUCUUUAUCGAACCAUGUCAAAGUUAGAAGACCUUGUUUCUUGAUGUUCCAUUGCUGUUUUGAAGAGUUGCCUAAAUUUGUUAAUUCCGUAAACUGAGAUCUUGUUCUCUUCAAAUCUUGGUGCAUUUCAAGUUAUAAUCCCCAGCCCUGGCAAACUGAUGUCUGGAAUUGCUUUGAAGUGUUUGUUUUUUGCUUAGUAUGGAAUUGUUUGACAAAGAUUCAGUGGUUUGAAUGUGAUAUGAGGAGGGGUUUUUCUUAUCAAUUACUUCGUUAUUUUUUCUUGUUC